AGGAAGGGAGGAUUGAUCCGCGUCUGUUAAAAUCUUGUUCUGGUUUUCUUAGAGUGAGGUCUGUGCCUGCCGACGUGCCUCUCCCGUGCAGCCCCCUCAACAAGAGCUGUUCAUGCUAAGAGUCUGGCGUUUUUUGUUUUUUUUUUAAAAAGAGAGAAACAUCUGCACAAUAGCAGGAAAGUGGAUAAAACCACACAGCUGGCCUCGUUUUUUCUUCCCGUUUUGUCUUUUCUGAAAUGUGACUGAAAGAGAGGGGCAGCAAAAGAAGGAGACGAAGAAGAAGAGAGUAGCUGUAGGUUUUGGACUGCGAGUGGAACUGUCAGUGUGAUUUUGGGUAACCGUUUGCAGUGUUCAACUUUUUUAUUCCUCCGCUAACCUGGCGAGCUCGACCCCUCUCUUCUUGCAACGCGGAGCUGUUUUUUCUCUCUUUCGAAGCGGGGAGACUUUCGUGCUUUCCCCCUGGCGCUUCAUAGGAACAGCUUUAACUUUCUAGGUUUAAAAAAAUAAAUACAACGAUCGGAUUGCAUUUUCCCCCUUCAAACAUUUUGGAGGUGAUGUCAUCGAGCUGUGUUUUGGCUGGUAUUGUAUCGAGGAGGCGCAGGGAGAAGUGUUGCAGCCAGGCGGCAAUCAGCGGCUGAGGGCGGCGGGCAAGUCCGGAAAAUCAGGUGCAAAGUGCGGCUGUCAUUUCCUCCCCGAGUCCGCCACCCAGUCGCAGCUGCUCCCAUACCGCCUCAGCUACCCCCUCCCUCGUCACGUCCCUUCAGCAGACUACUCUGAGCUGGACCGCUGCAGGACCUCAAAGACAUUUGUGACGGACACGGUGGUGUCACCGAAGCGUCAGACAAGCGGAGGCAUCGCGGGUGAGCCGACAUGACCGAAGGUACUUUGCAUCACCCUGCGCCCGCAGAGCCUCCCUCUCCCACCUGCUGUGUGCGCGAGCAUCAUUCUCACGUAGACAAGAACCUCCAACAGUUACUGGACCUACUAAGCCGGGACUGAAGCUCAUUUGCCGCUGUCAUCUCGGUGCGAACCCAACACCUCCUGCGUGCGUAGUGCACAUUCCCACUUACGCACCAGACGGUUGGAUUACGCGUGCCAUUACGCGCGCGUUGCAUCGUUCCACGGGGUUGCUGAGGGUGACCAGUAUUUUGGGAGUUUGACAAUCUGUAAGUAGAACACGUGAUUUCACCUGCUUCGUCCUUUGUCGGGGGCGCGCACCAUCUGAGGCUCACCAUUUUGCGCCCCCGCCCACUAGCCCCCGGCGUGGACAGCUGUUCGAGGUUGCCCUGCGGUCACAGUGGCCCGGCUACUGCGGCCUCAAACACCAGUUUACCCACGGCCGCUUAUUUAUUCUCCACGCUGUGGGAACUGGGCCACGCCGUCGCCGAUGCCAACUGGAUCGGCCGCUCACUCUUUGACUCUGCCUAACAUCCACCGGAUUUCAACCGCAGAGGCAAACUCUCCGGACUGUCGGACUGGCUCAGGCCGAGCGAGGAGACUGACUCUGGGCCAAGUUCCAUAGUGGAGGGGGGAAGCGAUGUGGUCCCUUCUUUCCACGCUGACCGUCUUAUGUAUCCAGAUGUUGCUGGUGAUGUGCAAUCCAUUACAGGUACUCGGUGUGGAUGGGGUCAACUUCAGUGUGCAUGUGGAGAACCAGACACAGGUGCGAGACACCAUGAGUCGACGACACCACCGGGUUUACCAACUCUACAGUCGCACCAGCGGCAAACAUGUCCAAGUGCUGGGACGCCGAAUCAGUGCCCGGGGAGAAGAUGGAGACAAAUAUGCCCAGCUCGUAGUGGAGGCAGACACCUUUGGUAGCCAGGUGAGAAUCCGGGGCAAAGAAACCAACUUCUACUUGUGCAUGAACCGCCGGGGCAAGCUGGUAGGAAAGAAGGCCAGUAACAGAAGCGCCGACUGUGUUUUUGUGGAAAAGGUUCUGGAAAACCACUAUACAGCUCUGAUGUCCGCACGCUACACGGGCUGGUAUGUGGGCUUCACAAAAAGAGGGCGCCCUCGCCGCGGGCCCCACACGCUCCCCAACCAGCAGGAUGUACACUUCAUGAAGCGUUUCCCGCCUGGGGAGCAACCUGACCUCACCACACCAUUUCGCUUCACCACCAUCAGCAAGAGAGGCAAAAGGGUGCGUGCUACUGGACCUCGCUAACGGCGGCAAACGCCCGAACUCAAGUUGCCUGAAAGCCUUGACCUGAGCCUGCCAAUGGCUGAACCAGUCAACCAAAAACCAUUCGCAUUCCACUGAACAACUCGCUUUGUUGGGCCAAACAUUGACUAGAAAACUUGAUGAAUCAUUCAUGGGGUUUCUCUUUAAACCAACCUUUUUGCCACUACAGCCCCGUAGUUGCAGAGCAUUUCUUUUUUUUCCCCUUCCUGGGACCAACUGGACCCUUGGUGGUCCAUCACUGGAAGCGAUAUGGACCUGGUCUGCUUCCCUUCACAGACCAGAACUAUUGACAGAAUACCUGAAGGGCGGCCAAAAGAGUCCAAGGCUCACGACUCCACAAAGGCCUUCAUUCCACAACCACAAAAAACACAUGGCCUUUUAACAUCUCCUGCUGUGGACCAGCUGGACAAUAUCAAGAAUGGAAUUGCAACUGGCCCAUACAGAGAGAGGACAAGGGUGAAAAGGGGUGAGUGGGUGCUCAGUCUAGAGGGAAAAGACUGCAACGUGGACAAAGGGAUAGAAUGAUCUGCACAGAUCAAGGACCAAUCAUGGACUCCUGACAUGUGACACACUUGUUCCUCUCAGCGUUAGAUCGGUGGGAACCUGUGAGAGUUAUUGAUGAAUGAAUGGAUCAGUGAGGGAACGGGGCGACGGACUAACUUAACACAUGCAUGUCUGUAAGAGCAAAAACGAAGAAAUGAACGCGUGUUUAGUGCGUGUGUUUGUGCAAGCGCAUCAACAACAAGCAUGAGGGAAGCGAGAUCACGAGGGACUUUGGAGACUCCGACGUCAGGGAGCAACUGGAAUGUAUAGAACAAAUGUACCAAAAAAAAAAAAACAAUCAGCCAUUAACAGAACACCAAACCAGUGAGCAACCAAAGACACCUGAGGGCCUUCUUCAGGACUCCUCCCUUUUACCAUGACCCACAGAGGACACAGCACCCUCUGCUUGGAAGUGCACGGGGCCGAUGAUGAGCACAGAGGAGGAGCACACGAGGGAAGGUGCCUUCUCUAUAAGCAUUACUAUAGAAACGACCCCCAGGGGAUGAUGCUCCUGUGCGAUACCGUGGACACAGAAUGCUGCUACCAGGACAUUCAAUGCAACAAACCAAAGUCUCAUGCGUACGCCCAUGAGAACAAAUUAUUAAAGGGAACAAUUUAUUGAAAGCUAUAUAUAAAACAGAAACACUAAAUAAGCAAUCCUACUAUGAUGGCAAGUAUAAUUAUUAUGAUAAAAUUAUUUCAUUUAUUUAUUUCAGCUAUGUGUGCAGCAGUCUUUCUUGACUCAGUAAACCUUACAGAACCUUUC